UCCUUCAUGUACACUACUUCUCUCACUCUCUCUCUUUUUCUCUCUCUUCAAAAAAUAUAAUGGACAAAAAAGAGUGCAGUUCUUCACAAGAUCCUGAUGUACGAAAGGGACCAUGGACAAUGGAAGAAGACUUGAUCUUGAUCAACUAUAUUGCCAAUCAUGGUGAAGGUGUUUGGAACUCCUUGGCUAAAUCUGCUGGUCUUAAACGUACCGGAAAGAGUUGCAGGCUUCGGUGGCUAAACUAUCUUCGACCGGAUGUUAGACGAGGGAAUAUUACACCUGAGGAACAACUCUUGAUCAUUGAACUUCAUGCUAAGUGGGGAAACAGGUGGUCGAAAAUUGCGAAACAUCUACCGGGAAGAACCGAUAAUGAGAUAAAGAACUACUGGAGGACAAGGAUCCAAAAGCAUAUCAAGCAAGCUGAGAACUCUCAAUCUCAAGAACAAGGUUCUGAUAUUCAAAUAAAUGAUGAUAAUAAUAAUAAUCAACUUAUAGGAAGCACAAGCCAAAUUUCCAACAUUGCUGAACCUAUGGACACAAAUAUUAUAUCACCACCCUCUUACCAAGGAAUUUUGGAACCAUUUCCACCUCAUCAUCAGUUCCCUACAAUCUCUGAUCAAUCAGGUUGUUCUAACUACUGGAGCAUGGAAGAUCUCUUGUCACUUCAACUACUAAAUGGUGAUUAAUUAAGCCAAUAAAUAUAUAUUAUUUCCUCUUAUUAUAAUAUAUAAACCUAAGUGCUUAAUUAAUUUUCAUGAAGCAGAAGUUUAUAUCUCUGCCUUGAAACAUAAUAUUAAGCUUGUUUAUAUAAGUAGCUUCAUGUUUGGUGACAAGUACUUUGAACAGGUUAUGUUCUGUAAUAUAGGAGCAUAAUUAAACA